AUGGCCAUGCUCAACGCCCUCACCACCUUCCUCAACUUCGACACAACACCCGGCGCCCCUGAUUGGUCAUGGUACGACGCCUUGGCGGGUCUGGAGAGCGGAGAGGUGGACGUCCUCGUCGGGCAGUACUCGUACACGGAUUGGCGCUACGACAGCUACUCCACGCUGGGCCCGCACGGCGUGUCCAACUACCGCUGGUACCUGCCCGUGCCGCUGCCCUCGUUCCUGCCCAUCGUGCCGCACCUGGCCCUGCCCACGGUGGUGGUGGCCUCCACCGUGCUGGGGCUCGUGGCCGCCGUGGCCGUGCUGGCCUUCGCCUCGGACCGCACCGGCAACAGCGUGCUGCACGUGUGGUCCAUGUUCGUGGAGCAGCCCAUCCCGCAGACAGGGCUCGAUGGUAUACAACUAGCUUCGCGUGUGGUCAUUCUAUCAAGUCUGGUGGGCUUCGUCAACGUGAACGUCCUCAUCAAGUCCACCAUCGUAACCAGCAUGUCCCGUCCUAGCGUUUUCAGUGGAUUGCAAUCGACCGAAGAACUGGCAGGCCUCAGCAAGGUGGUUAUCGGAAUGGAUACACCACUCAUAAGCACUCUCCUCAACAUAAGUACAGUCCCAUCGGAGCGCGCCCUGGCGAACCGCUCAGAGGAGUGCUACCUCAACUUCACGGACUGCGUUCACCGGCUGCAGGCGUGGGCGCUCUCCGGCGACGACACGAUGUUCGUCUUGGUGUGCGGCGAGGAGAUGCUGGAGUUUGCCACGGCAGGCGCUGCUAAAUUCACAAUCUACUCCUUAAAGGAGCCACUACAUCACAACAUAUACGGAUGGUACGGGCGAAAAAAGUUCCCGAUGGCCGACCGAGCCAAUCGGCUGUUCCUGCUGCUGCAGCAGUCGGGGCUUCAGGCCUUGUGGGCGAAGAUGCUGAGCACCAACAUCAGCGCAGUCAACCAGUUCUCGCGAAGUCCGUUUUUGAACAACGCUCCCCAGGCCAUCCCCUUUCUACGGGCGCGCAACCUGUUCGUGAUGCUGGUUCUGGGCGAGGCGGUGGCGUUCGUGGUGUUCUUGCUGGAGCACGUCGCGGACCGCUGUGCGCUGCGCGGAAAGGCCGGGAAGACUCGUGCGGAAGGGAAGGACGCCAGCAACGAACGCUGGGACCCUUGAACCACGCCCCGCUGGCAGGACGGAAAUUGUUGCCGAGGGAAAGAACCAAAAAGGCGCUUUGAACUGAGAUACAUACAACGGUCUCGUGUUCCGUUUGUAACCUGUGGCUUUUUGUUUGACUAAUAAAACCGAAGUGAUUAAAGACACGCAUUUAAAUAAUGAAGAUGGACCUUGAUUUUUCGCGAGUUUACGUUUGCCAAACUCUUCGUCAAAUCGUAGCAUACUAGAGCGUAGUGUCUUUAAUUACGCUUAACUAUUUUACAGUCAACCCUUGUUAACUCUGUUCCAUGAAGCAUA